AUGGACAGAGCAAUGGACCGGCAAGUCACGAGGAAACUCACCAAGAUGAAGCCAAAAGCAGGCAUCCGUAUACAAAAGUCCCUGCUCGACCUUCCCACCGAGAUACUCCAGCAUGUAGCCUGUUUCCUGCCCACAGACCACGAUCUCAGAAAUCUCAACCUAGUCUGCAGAGAGAUGAGAGAUCGAGUCCUGGCUACCGAGUCGGUGGUCUGGAGGGCUCGGUUUGAGGAUGAGUACGACCUUCCUGUGGGACGAACCAACGCUGAGCUCAAGGCCGAGUACCAAACUCGAGCUAUCGUCCUUCCUCAGACUAUUGAUUUCAGGCAGGAAUCGAGUGAGCACCAGACGCUCUGGCUGGAGGUCCUACAGCAGAUGCUCCUCGAGUCUCUGACUCUGCCUCUCAAGUCUGCUACGUUCAAGACGUAUGAUCGAAUUCGGGAAACUCUGACGAAAAGUGACCUCCUGGAGCAUCCAUGGAGAGAGCAUCCAUCGGAGCUCUUUUGCACAGUUCAAUUGUGUCUCGCUGCCCUGGCCCUCGCACUUGAUCCCGUGGAUAAGUCCACACCGGCUAUCAAGAACAAAUGCACCCGAUCUGAAUACGAUAUUGCGACAGUAUAUUCGCAUGGAAAGAAACCCGAUGGGCCAUUCAUUGCUCAUGAGAAGCUUGACCUGGCCACCUUACUGCACAUGCGAGGCUUUUGGCAGCGUCACCUCUUAAAUCAAGCUGAGCAGACUUAUCACGAGUCGUUUGCCAAGCUCCCUAUAGAUUCAAGACCCCAGCUACGCAAGUCCAGUACUGAUCAGGAAACAGGCCUGAGUGUUUCAUGGCUUGGGUACUAUUCAUGCCUCCAUCCCAUGCCAGCCUCACGCAAGGACUUUGAAGACCAAGAGACCUGCGCGGACCUCCGAGGAGAUCAUCUCAGCCAAGUCGAAGUCAUGACCUUGGACAUCCACAUCACACCAAACGAUACCUUCUGGCCCGACCACUGCAACCGAACCAUUCCUUUAUACGGCGGCAACGGGACAUCUCGUACAUACUUUCGCGGCACACAGUCCACCCUCAACGGUGACCCGGCCGAAAACCCGGUAUUCGGAUUCACUGAAGCGAUCGCCCAUCCAUAUGGCGGGUUCCCAGGAUGGACGCGCAUUGGCUUCGCAAUCUGCGAGGAGCCGGACGGCAGCAGUGACGAGGAAGAUGAGAUGAUGGAUAUUGAUGAUGAUGAUUCGGACGACAAUUAUUACUGGGUCCAUGGGUAUGAGGGUGUCAUCUUGCCUGGUGGGUGGAUUAUGCUGGGUCGGUGGAUGGACUUGAAGAACAUGGAUGCUAGUGGACGGGGCCCAUUCAUUUUUUGGAAUCUGUGA